AUGGCUGAUCACCGGGUUACUGACUUGGCUAUUGGUCACCCUGGUCAGGCAACUUAUGAUACCGAGGAACAGGAAUGGAAAUUUUCACAAACAUUAACAGACGGAGUAUCUAUCAAACAGCUUCUUCCGUUCAAGGAGUGGGUUCCUCCUUCCGACCACAUUCCAUCCAAGGGUGAUGAGAAGGCUUCACUCGUUAUACAAAAUCAAACGAGAUGGCUGUCCAAAGCUUUGCCAGAAGCGAUUCCUGCAAAGUCUAUUGCAGCUAAUCUUGUCCGGAAAUCUUGGGAAGCAUCUUCCGAGAUUUCCAAUGAGCUUGGCUCCCUCUUGGCCAUUGGGUACGCCCAUGAUCCAGAGCGCGUGUCUGGAAUCCGAAAACCUCAAAUUAUAGCUAUGUCCUGUGGCGUAGCAGGCCAUGUGCUUCGAUUUAUCAGACCACGUGUUGAGACCCGCGGUUGGGGAAAAUCAAGCGGCGCCAGGCUUUCAUUUCUGAAUGUGGAUUUCCUCGAUGCCGGGCACUGGAUGGGCACUGGCGGCACCAUUCGUCAGAUUGUUGCAAUAGAAGGCGAGAAUGAAAAGGAUUGUUGGUUUGCGGUGCGUCAGGCUACUGUUAUCACACUUUUCCGUCCCAUCUAUGGCAAAAUCCAUAAACAUCCUGUGCCCACCGGCUACUCAACUUUUGCGUCGUCCAUGUUAAACGCCAAUCCAAGAACCUCUUUGACAGCUCAGAGAACUGGAUCUAAGAGCCAUGCUGAUGUCACAUUCAACCCGUGGUUCUCUCGCCAAAUCGCAGUGGUUGACACCCGCGGCUACUGGACUGUCUGGGAGGUUGAUACAAGAAACAAUCAUAGCAAAAACACAUCUGAAACCCUGGUCCCCAAGAAGGCUGGAGGGGUCUAUGAUUGCUGGGCCAAUGACGGAUUCUUAAAGGUGCCGUCACUUGGUCAUUUUGAUGGCUGGUAUCGAAUUCUAUGGGCGUCCAACCUCAACACAAUCGUUGUGUCUAACAGGCGUCAUGUUACGGUCUUUGAUGUCAAGGCACAAUCAACACCACUUGGCCAGGUGGAAUUAUUCCCUGCCGGUAACAAUGACUGGAUCAUUGAUAUCCAACGUUGCACCAACAAUAUGCAUUAUUUGUAUGUUCUGACAACGACCCGGAUAUUUUGGCUGGAGAUCAUUCCGGCAAGCGAAAACAAUGAUGAUCAUGUUGAGGCUGGGGGUAGAAUACUUUUGUCAUACUUUCACUUUAUGAGUGUCGAUGAUGAAACUCUUAAAUUGGCUACAUUUGCUAGUGCUAAGGUAUCUGUUGCCAUAAUUUCUGCAAAGAAUCAAGUCGUCACCUACUACGACUUCCAAAAGCCUCAAUCCCAGGGCCGUUCUUCGUCAAGUGGCACAUUCAGUCUGCUUCUGUCCUCCGAUCCAAAUGGAGAUCGGAAUAUACUCCUCCACUCGGUCAAAUUUCUACCUUGUCAGCUGAUGUUGAGCGCCAAUCACUUUUCUGGACCAGGCCCGAGGUAUGCCGAAGAUGGCGUAGAGUUUUUUCAGCUUUGGGCAAUCACAACUGACUUGGGUCUACUCUCCACCUUGACUGCUGUAAAACUUCAUGGAACCAAAAGUCGUGUUGUUAUAGCGCCAGACACGAAGCUGCUCCUAUCGUCCCGGUUUCUCGGACCCAAGUUCGUCAAUGAGGAUGACGAUUUUGUGGUUCCUGAUGAAGUGCACUCGAAAACUAUGUUCAGAAACAAAGCAAGCCACUGCAUGUUACACCCGCCUGAGAAAGAUGAUCUUCGCUUCCGACUAAAUUGGAGGAGAAUUUUCCAGAAAGUCUUUAUUGAUAAGCCGCCUGAGGAAGACCUGCCGACUCAUAAUCUCGACCGAGAGCCGGGCUUGGAUUUCCCGGAACUUCUUAGCCUUGCGGCUGAUGACAUUUCGCAAAGAAAGGAUCUGGAAGAACCGAUGAGCAUCACUUUAGCUGAGAUAAUUGGAGAUCUGAGGCAGAACGAGGACCUAGACCAAGCUUCUCCAGUUCUUCUUGCCUUCUUAGAAUCUUUAGAACAGGAGCAAGACCCGGAGGACCGUUGGAGAUUAACCGUAAAGGAUCGCACAAUGGGCACUGGUAUAAUGUUUCCGAAGAAUGUGGAAUCUAAAUAUCCAGAUCCGCUUAAGAUUUUUGAUCAGCUGGUCGAAUACUGGAUGACAAGUCUACCAAUCGACGUGCCUAAUCUUGUGCGGCACGCAAAGUUCAAGGUCAUUCGACAAUUAGCCAUGGAUCUAUGCCUCAACUCAAUCGGAAUAUCCCUUCAGGACAAAGCUUUGGAUCACGUUGCGAAAUAUGCGCCGAUGGAUCAUGGAAUUGUUGCAGCUUCGUUCAGCAAAGAUGGUUGGCUCACCAGGGAAAGUUCCCCUCUGGUGUUCUCUUCACAGCUACUCGCUACGCAAGAUGAACCAGGUUUGACCUUACCCACACCCAUCCAGACUCCGUCGCUAUACUCCCAAGCUACAUCGACAUCUGGAAUCAUGGAGGACCCUGUAAUUGCAAGAUUACGACAGUAUGCGCCAACUAUCAAGGCAAAAGCUGAGUUCGGCGCCAGUACCAAUGGAUCCGUACUGUCCCAUUGGCCUUCUGCUUUGGCAGACCCUACUGAAUAUUCCUACGAAAUGGCAAAGAAGGCAUGGGCCGCUGCAAAUACCGGAGAAGAUGACGUGCGUUCUAGCAGGAAAGUAAAAGCAAGAAGACGGAGGAGGACGGAGGAAUUUGUGAAAGCAAUUGAGCCAGCUGUAUCGCGACGGUUGACCUUGACGGCAGGUAGCCAGCCUGCUAUCAUUGAAAAGAUGUUCAGCUCACAAGGAGUUAAUGAAGUUCCGAUGACACAACCAGACAGAGGCACUUUUGGAAGUAGAGCUGUACAGCAACUUAAGAAAAAGCCAAAGAAAGUAAGGACGGCUGGAUUCAAGUAG